GGUGAUUUUGGGCUGAUUUUUGCCGGUUGCGCGGUGAUCACUUGGGGCUGACUUUGGGGUGAUUUUUCGGGUUUUGGGGCAGGUCGGGGACGCGCUGGCCGCCACCCGCCUGAGCCGGGCGCUGCUGGAGCGGGGGAUGUUCGUGCAGGCCAUCAACCCCCCCACCGUGCCGCGGGGGGGGGAGCUGCUGCGCAUCGCGCCCACCCCCCAGCACAGCCCCGAGAUGAUGGAGCGGCUGGCGGACCAGCUGUCCGAGUGCUGGGGGGCGCUGGGGCUGCCCCGGGACUCCCCCCUGGGCCCCGCCUGCGCCUCCUGCCAGCGCCCCCUGCACCUCUCGCUGAUGAGCGCCUGGGAGCGGCAGCACUUCCAGCAGGGGGCGCUGCCCCAGACCGCCUGACACCCCCGGGCUGAGACCCCCGGACUGCCUGAGACCCCCGGACUGCCGCCUGGGACCCCCGGACUGAGACCCCCGGACUGCCUGAGACCCCCUUAAAACCCCGCGGAACCGCCCCCGCGCCCCUCCCAGUGCUCCCAGUUCGGGUUCAGGCUGUUCCCAGUCCCCCCCAGUCCCCCCCAGUUGAGGCAUCACCACAUUUCGGGGCUGGGGGUGACCCCCUCUCUCUUUUGGGGGGGUCCCCUCAUUGCCCCCCCUCAAUUUUCCCCCUUUUCUGCCCCCCCAG